CAUACUACUCACAAAUGCAGUAUUUUGUCCAAUCCAUUAUGAUGUUUUAAGCUGCAUUGAAAGAUUUAUUACUGCUUAAAAUAUCUUUAAAUAGGCAAAACGUCCUCUGUGCGUCUUUCGACUAGGCAUAGGUGCAAAAGUAUUAUGGCUACCAAAACUUCUGAGGACAUUGUCAUCGCUGGUAUUUCCGGCCGCUUCCCCGAAAGCUCAAAUCUGGAAGAAUUCAAACAACAACUAUUCGACGGCGUCGAUCUAGUGACAGACGACGAAAGACGCUGGCCAUCAGGUCUCUACAACCUUCCAACCCGUACCGGAAAAAUGAAAGAUAUAUCUCACUUCGACGCUACCUUCUUCGGCGUUCAUUCUAAACAAGCCCACACGAUGGACCCUCAACUGAGAUUUCUUCUCGAAGUAACUUAUGAAGCAAUCGUCGACGCUGGAGUUAACCCCAACGACAUAAAAGGUUCAAAAACGGGCGUCUAUGUUGGAGUUUUCCAAAACGAAGCGUCUGAUUAUUGGACAAGAAGCCCAGACAGAACCAAAGGAUACAGUUUAAGCGGAUGUAGCGCUUUUAUGUUUGCUAAUAGAAUAUCGUACGCUUUUGAUUUGAAAGGACCUAGUUAUGUGGUGGAUUCGGCUUGUUCGGGUAGUAUGGUGGCUUUGCACCAAGCUGUUUGGGCAAUGAAGAACGGGGAGUGUGAUGCUGCUAUCGUAGGAGGGGUGAAUUUGCUUUUGAGGCCUGAAACCUCUUUGGAGUUUUUAAUCAUCGGUAUGUUGAGUGCUGAAGGAAAAUGUAAAUCGUUUGAUGCGGAUGGAAAUGGCUACGUGAGGUCUGAAGCCACGGUUGUCGUUUAUUUACAAAAGGCAGAAAGCGCUAAACGUGUGUAUGCCACCAUUCUGGGAAUAAAAGUCAACAAUGAUGGCUACAAAGAAGAAGGGAUUACUUUUCCUAGUGGAAGAAUGCAGAACGUGCUCAUUCGAGACACGUACACCACAUUUGGAGUUGAUCCUUCAGAAGUUUCAUAUUUAGAAGCUCAUGGUACUGGUACCGUAGCAGGUGAUACCCAAGAAGUCAAUUCCGCCUCAGACUUUUUCUGUGAAAAUCGGAAAGAACCUCUGCUUAUAGGUUCUGUGAAAAGUAACAUGGGACAUUCAGAAGCCGCUUCAGGGCUGUGUUCCUUGGCAAAAGUGGUCAUCACUAUGGAAAGUGGUUUCAUACCUGCCAACUUACAUUUUCAAUCCCCGAAUAAAAACAUCCCUGCAUUGUGUGACGGUCGUCUGAAAGUGGUCACUAAUAAGAACGAACCUUGGCUAGGUGGUCUAAUUGCUAUUAAUUCCUUUGGUGCCGGGGGUACUAACUCACACCUUAUUCUUAAAGCGAACCCGAAAGAGAAAAUUAAACAAAAUACAGGUGAUGUACCACGUAUCGUGGCGAUUUCCGGACGCACCUCUAACGCGGUUCACACUUUAAUCGAUCAAGUUAAGAAGCACAGAGACGACGAUGAGUUCUUGUAUCUAGUAAAUGAGGUUCAUCAGGACGGGAUUAAGGGUCACCAAUAUAGAGGAUUCUGUCUUUUAAACGACACACCAGUCUGCGAAAUCGGAGAUAUCUCUCUUCAGAAGAGACCUGUAUGGUUUAUAUACAGUGGGGUGGGUUCUCAAAAGAGCAUAGGAAAGGAACUCAUGCAAAUAGAAGUGUUUCGCAACUCAGUUAAGAAAAGUUCUGUAGUGCUACAGCAAUUUGGGAUAGAUUUAGAAGAUAUUUUAAUCAACGGGACGGAUUCCACCUUCGAGAAUGUUCUGAAUACAACAGUUGCGAUAGUCGGUGUACAGAUAGCCUUAACAGACCUUUUAAAAUUUUUAGGCGUUGACCCUGAUGGAAUAAUCGGACAUUCGAUUGGUGAACUAAGUUGUGCUUACGCAGACGAAACUCUGACCGCCGAACAAACCAUUCUUACCGCUUACCACAGAGGAAAAUCUCUAAUAGACAGUGAUCUUGUCAAAGGGUCAAUGGCUGCAGUUGGACUAUCAUGGGAACAAGCACACCAAAGGUGCCCCUCAAAUGUAUUUCCCGCUUGCCACAACGCCCAAAAUAACACCACAGUCUCUGGUCUGAGCCACUCUGUGAAAGCUUUCGUCGCCCAACUAACUUCUGAAAAUAUUUUUGCCAAAGAAGUGAAAGUGAGUAAUGUCGCUUUCCACUCAAAAUACGUAGCAAAAGCGGGUCCACAAUUCCACAAAGCACUCAAACAAAUCAUACCUUUCCCAAAACCACGAACAUCCAAAUGGAUUUCAUCUUCAAUACCUGAGUCGAAAUGGACGACGACUCUUGCACAAUACAGCUCUCCAGAUUAUCACGUCGAAAAUUUUCUUUCGCCUGUUUUGUUCCACGAAGCUCUUCAACACGUCCCAGACAACGCUGUCGUGAUUGAAAUAGCACCUUCAGCGCUUUUUCAGGGAAUUAUUAAACGUUCGUUAGGGUCAAAAAUUACACCUGUAAGCCUUUUAAAGAAAGAGUGUGAUAACGAUGUUGAGUUUUUAUUGGCAGGUCUUGGAAGGGUACACAAUGCUGGAUGCCAAUCCAAAUUUGCAAAGCUUUAUCCUUCAAUGGAUUUUCCAGUGGGUCGAGGUACCCCCAUGAUUGCUCCGUACGUCAAGUGGGACCAUUCUGAGGAGUGGACGGUGCCUAAUUUUCUUGAGAGUGAAUCUAAAUCUGGUGUUAUGGAAAUAGAAGUGGAUAUGAGCAAAGAGGACAAUCAAUAUCUGUUGGGACAUGUUAUUGAUGGUCAAAAUCUUUACCCAGCAGCUGCAUAUGUGGUUUUAAUUUGGAAGACACUAGCAAACCUAAAAAACAAAGACUACCUGCAAACGUCUUUCGUGCUUGAAAACAUGGAAAUUCAUCGCAUGACAAUUAUUCCAAAAGACGGCUCUCUGAAAUUUACUAUCAACAUCCUGCAACAAAGUGGCGAUUUUGAACUAUGUGAAGGUGGAAGUACAGUUGUUACAGGUAAAACUUACGUUCCCGAAGAUAUUUCUAAAGCAUUUGCAAACUCACCUUCCACUGCCCCAAGAAUAGAAGAAACGGAGUUAAAAUUAAAUCAGCAGGAUGUGUUGAAAGAACUGAGACUGCGAGGAUAUGAAUACCAGGGUUGUUUCCAACAAAUCCUCGAAACAGAUGUUCGAUUUUCAAACGGAAAGGUAAAGUGGAACGAUUGGGUUAGUUGUAUUGAUGCUAUUCUUCAAUUUUGGUUUAUGCGUGUACCCACUCGAGAUCUUUAUCUUCCUACGAAAUUGCAGAAAGUAGUCAUUGAUCCACAAAAACAUCUCCAAACUGUUAGAGAAUGCGGUGGUAUUCUUGGGGUGUUUGCCCGCGAAAAUCUACGUGUUGUUAAAUGCGGCGGUGUCGAAAUUGGAGGCUUCAAAGCGACUUAUGUUAAAAAACGUCACCUAACUCACCCGGCUCCUAAAAUAGAGAAAUAUGAAUUUGUGCCGCUAGAGAAUACGACUCCCGUAAGUGAAAACGCGGCUUUACAAGUCCUUCUACAACUUGUGUUGGAAAACAGUUCCGAAGUUCUUAGAAUGGCAAAAAUGGAACAUGGUCAUCCCAACGAGGAACGAGUGAUGUUCAAUAUUGACGAGACCCUUAAACAGGAAAUUGUAGCGUCUCUAGACACCACAACAGUUACAUCUAAAGACGCCAAUCUGAGUGACUUUAAUUUGGUAGUUGUUGCAGGUGCGAGCAUAAAUAAUGAACUCAGUCUUUUGAAAACUAUUUCACAAAAUUUGGCAAAGGACGGAUUUCUUCUCUUAGAAGGAGACAAGGAAAAUUUUAACUUGAACGAUCUAUCAACUUUGGGAGUACUUGUUAGUAGUCAAAUUACCGACACAAAAAUUUAUGCUCUAUUAAGAAAACCAGUAGAAACUGAUGCAAACUCAUCUAUUAUUAUUAAAGUAACUGGAGAUUUUUCUUGGAUUAAUGUACUAAAAGAUGCGAUGAAACAAAGCGAGACUUCUGGGAACAAAAUCUAUUUGUACGCUCAAGGAGACAAAUUUAGCGGAUUGAUUGGGUUAGUGAAUUGUUUAAAACAAGAACCAGGUGGAGAAAAAAUAAGGGGUGCGUUCAUCGAAGAUCCGAAUGCUCCUAUAUUCUCAUUGACACAAUAUUCCGAACAACUGAGAAAAGAUUUGGUUCACAAUGUGCUCAAGAAAAAUGUUUGGGGUACUAUGAGACACAUUCAAUUAGAGAACAACAAAAUUUCUACUCAGCACGCCUACAUCAGUGCGCAGAUUCCUGGAAACUUGGCAAGUUUGCAAUGGGUACAAAGCCCCGUAGACUUAAGAAAAAACGAGCCAAAUUUGGAAUUAUGUCAUGUUUACUGCGCUCCAGUUACCUCCUACGACGUGCUACUGGCUAUGGGAAAAUUUUCGGAAGAAAGACCGUUAAAAAGAAACCACUUAGUAGGUUCAGAAUUUUCAGGACGCGACACUACCAAUAAGCGUGUCAUGGGAAUAAUUACCACAAGCUCGUUAGCAACAACCAUAGAAGUCGAUACAGAAUUUUUAUGGUCUGUACCAGAGAAAUGGAGUUUGGAAGAAGCCUCAACGGUCCCUAAUGCUUACGCCACGAGUUAUUAUGCUCUUGUGGUUCGAGGAGGAAUCAAAUCUGGAGAAUCAGUUCUAAUCGAUGAUGGUUCUGAAAGUAUAGGUUUAGCUUCCAUACGUAUUGCGCUUAAGAUGGGUUGUAAAGUUUUUACAAUUGUCAACACUAAAGGGAAGAAAGACUUCUUGGAAAAAAUGUUUCCAGAACUUAUAGAUGGUUGUAUUGGUUGUGAUAGUGAAGAAAUGGUGUUUAACCAAACCGGUGGACGCGGAGUAGAUUUAGCUUUUAGGUGUACAGUUAGUGAACAUUCAGAAGCAUCUAUAAAUUGUGUAACAGAUGGUGGGCGCUUCCUUCAACUGGGAAACGUCGACUUUCCCAAAGGAAAUAUCUCAAAUGAGAAAGAUAUAUCGUUUCAUGGUGUAGCUUUGGGUGUGUUAUUUAAGAGUGAAAUUUUUGUUAAGAAGAGGGUCUGGGAAUUAGUUGAGCAAGGUAUUAUUGACGGUACUGUGAAACCUCUACCACGUAUCGUCUUCAAACCUAAUCAAAUCCAGGAAGCCUUUCACUUCGCACAGUCCAAUACACAUCGUGAGAAACCAAUUUUGCAAAUCUGCGAUGACAGCCAAAACCCAGUUCCUGUUUUGGCCACGCCCCGUUCUUACUUCGACCCAAACAAAACUUACAUCAUAAUAGGUGGUUUGGGCGGUUUUGGCUUAGAACUAACCAACUGGUUAACUCAAAGAGGCGCAAAAAAGUUAGUUUUGGCUUCGAGAAAUGGAAUCCAAACAGGAUAUCAAUCCCAACACGUCCGAAAAUGGACCGAAUUAGGAAUCAGCAUCCAAAUCUUUACUGAUGACAUCACAAUAGAAAAUACAGCGAGACAACUUCUAGCAGACGCAAAUAAACUAGGACCUGUUGGUGGCAUUUUUAACGUAUCAGCAGUCCUUCGUGACGCACUAAUGGCGAACCAAACCGAAACCAACUACAGGACUGUUUGUGCCUCCAAAAUCGAUAUCACUAAACAUUUAGAUGCGCUUUCAAGAGAGCUUUGUCCACAUCUAGAACACUUUGUGACUUUUUCUUCAUCAUCGUGCGGUCGCGGAAAUGCUGGUCAGUCGAAUUACGGUUAUGCGAAUUCGGCGAUGGAACGUCUUUGCGAAGCUCGUCGAGACGCUGGUCUUCCAGGACUUGCGAUCCAGUGGGGUAUCGUAGGUGACGUAGGUUUAGCCAUAGACAUGACUAAAAUAAAAGUUCGGGGAAUGAUGCCACAAAAAAUGACUUCGUGUCUGUCUACAAUGGAUGCUGUUCUUCAGCAAACGAAUCCGGUUGUUAGUAGUACGGUUUUUCAACCAAAAAAUAUAGAGAGUAUGAAAACACGAGAAGUAGGGAUGACUGAAGCUGUUGCGACUAUUCUGGGGAUUGAAGACGUCUCUAAAGUUGGCGAUUCUGUCUCUUUCGUCGAUUUGGGUAUGGAUUCGACGAUGGUUGCUGAAAUCAGACAAAUUCUUAGAUAUAAUUAUGACUUGGCGCUAAAAGUUGCAGAAGUUCGAGCAUUGACUUUUAGGCAGUUAAGUGAAUUGGAGGAACGGUCUGAAAGUGUGACUACAGUUGCUAGUACAAAUCACCAUGAAGAUAGUGAUUUAAAUUUGGUAGUUACACCGUCUAAGUGCCUGAUUAGACUGAACGACAAAAAUAUAGAAAACGGUCUACGGCCUGUUUUCGUCAUACAUUCUAUAGAAGGAACAGUUAGUACGUUGAUACCUUUGGCCAAAGGUAUCACAGCACCUGUAUAUGGUUUGCAAUGUAGCAAAGAAACUCCUGGCGGUACUAUUGAGGACAUGGCAGCAUUUUACAACGACAAGAUUAAAACAAUUCAGCCUAAGGGUCCUUACACUUUUGUCGGGUACUCAUUUGGUGCCGCUGUUGCUUUUGAAAUGGGACGUCAGCUGGAGCAUCGGGGAGAUAAAGUAAAUCUUGUCCUCAUCGAUGGGUCUCCUUCCUACAUACCCACGUAUUCUAAGAAGAAUGGAAUUGAGAUUCUGAAAACCAAUAAACCAGUUCACGAAUGUGAAAUUUUACUUUAUUUCGCAACACAGUUUAAAAAAAUUGACCGAAGAAAGGCCCUUGAUGAGCUCAUGCUUUUAAAGACGUGGGAAGAAAGAUUGGACAAAAUUACUCAGAUUCUUUCUGGUGCAGUACCAGUUUCAGAUGAAGAUGUAAGAGAUGCAGCUGCUAGUUUCUUUUACAAAGUGGUGGCAGCCAAUAAGUACCAACCCAAGUCCAAAUUCAAAGGCAAAGUUACUCUUAUUAGAGCAACAGAAAAUUAUAUCGAUGUGGGUAACGACUAUGGGCUUUCUGAGAUUUGCGAACUAAACGUAAAAGUGGAUGCGAUUGAAGGUGACCACAGGAGUAUUUUGGUAGGAUCUAGUGUUGAAGGCAUUGCAAACAUUGUAAAUAGUGGCAUGGCAGAAAUUAAGACACAGUCAUUUUAGUAAUCAGCGAUAGAUUUGCACUUUAUUUAAUUAUUGUCAGUGUUAUUUUUGUAUUUUAUUUUGAUAAUAUAUAUAAGUGUGGUUUGUUUGUUA